UAGCAAAUGGCAUCGUGCAGCCAUAGUGACACAGCGCUCCUCCACCGUUCAAAGUCAAAGAGAAGUGGACAUGGCAAUUUGAAUUAUAAAUUAGGGAGUGACCAAGUGCCACUAUGACAGAGCGCUGGCGCUGUAUUAACUGACCAAUGGCAAAAUCUUUUUGUCUUUUUUGUCUUGUGGCUGAAGUCUAAACUUUCGUACAUCGAGGGAAAGAGAAAAGGGUAAUAAACAUCUGGAGAGCCAUGGCAGAGAUGAAAAACACUUCAUUAGCGGAGCGAGAUCAGCUCAAUAGACUUUUGAAAUUUUUGGAAACAGAAGCUACUAUAGGGCCUGGAAAUGAUCCCAAGAGAAGGACAAGUUUCCCAAUGUUUGGUCGUGACCUCAGGAAGAUUGUGUAUGGCACGCCGAUCCACUCAUUCUCCAGAGAGUGGAGGAAAUCUACGUUUGAGUUCAUGUGUAUAGAUGGACAGUUUCCCUAUGGCAUACAGACUCUACGAUGUGGGGCGCGGGGCCUGGCUCUGUGUGUGCAAGCCUACAUGCUGAAGCAGCUCAUCUUUGACAGAGAGUACAAGUCCUCAGCACUACUUGGCUCUGGUGCAUUGUGUCCCAAUGAGUUUGAGCGUCGUCGGGCGCUGAUCGGUGCUAUCUGUGAGAUCUUGUGGCAGGCGGGGGAGAAGAAGCGCUGUUGUGUGUGCCUCAAGGAGCAGGAGGCCUGCUUUGGACCUGACUACCGCUACAAGAUGGACGGCAUCACUGAAAAGCUUCAACUGUUUGAGUUCAAGAGGUACGAAGACCUUCAGAACUUUGUCAAGAGAAAUUUAGAACAGUUUCAGAGUGACAGCGGCAAUGGAUGUAUACUGUUCUUGUACAGUCUAGUGCUCUCUAGGACCAUUCAAAACCCAAGCCAGUGCACGGCAUCAAGUCCCGUAGUCAGGCCGGAUUCUUGUUCUGGGAUAAAGGGGAGGACCCGGAGAAACGAACAGAGGUUGGCUCCAUGCUGAAGACUCCCAAGAACCCAAUCUGGGUGACCAAAGUGAACGGCCUGUGGGGUCUUGUGUUCAGCCUGAACCCUGACCUGGUCAGUGACUGGAGGGUGGAGAACCGGUUCACAAUGUGGUACUAUACGGGACUGGUCACCCAAGUCAAGCCCACUCUACUGUCUAUUGAGACAAGGAUCGGCCGCCCACGACCAAAGACUGGACUAGCAAGGAAGGAAGCAGAAAACAAGAUACCACCUUUAGAACAGUGCAUUAUGACAAAGUGGUAUGGGGCAGAUAUCAAAUGGAAUGGAACACUGCCCUUCAUCUGAGGUGCUACUUAGUUCUUGUGUGUGUGUAUGCAGAGACUGAGACAGAAACACCAGCUUACAGUAACCCUGGGAGAUGGACCGCAAGGAAAAUGACUGAGAGGAAGGCCUGACAAACUAUGUAAACUCUACAUACAAACACAUAUUUUGGAAGCAGUCUGCUUGAAUGAACAAAGAGGGGUUGUAAGGUGGUUUGAGCAUAGCUGUUUUUAGCGUGGACAUUUUUUAACAACGUCUUCUGAGAAGAGACAGCACUGUGAAAACGUGAAGAAAAUGUCUUGAAAUUGGGUUCCAUGGGGAGUUUUUCAAGACUCUUCACUUUGUUCAGUGCUAUCAAAGAUGUCAUCGAAUUUGAAGGUUCUGUUUCCUGAAUCACCCAACAGUGUUAACGGGGUAUUAAAUGCAUUCUGUUACAUGUAACUACCUGCCACUGAGCCUGAAUGAAAUUGCCCACUGUAGGUUUUUAAAAGAAAAGGAAAAAUACAAACAGUUCAUGGCCAAAACCCGGAUGCAGAGUGAGAUAGGCAAUGAUGAUGAUGCGGAUCAUCUUGUCCUUAAAUAAUGUGGUAAGAUUGUUUCCAGAUUGGAGUAUCUCUAGCUUGUGUCUUAUAGAAGAAGGUUCUACAGUGCAAGGGGGAUACAGAGCUGAAACCCAGAGAAAAAUGCUAUGUUAAAUAUUGAGGGCUCCCUAUGAAAAGCAAAAAA